CAAUAUUAAAACUACACAUGCCUAGCUAGUUAUACACGCAUCAUCUCUUCCCUCUCCACCUUUCUUCCUCCCUUGUACACCAACCCAUUUUUCAUUGUCUUUUCAACCCUAUAACUAUAGCUCAUCCGUUUUCGAUCUCCCCUCAUAUUCGAAAAUUCGAGGAGGAUGAAAGUGGAAGUUGUUGAUCUGUCUCUGAAAGCAGUUGUGGAUCCAGAAAUCGGAUCAUCAGAAGCAAGAGACCAAGAAGGAAGGGACAAACCGCGGUCAAAGGGUGAGAAGAAACUCGACGAAGUUGAUUCUCAAAUUGGGAAGGAAGCCAUUGAUGCAGAAACCAUCCAACGGGAGCAGAAACACGACGACGAUGAUGAUGAUGAAGGUAGGGAUGAGGAUGAUGGUGAAGAUUCUUCCAUCGAGUUAUCCAAUUUGCAAGAUAACGUGAGUAACAAGACCAAGACCAAAAUGGACGAUCAUCAGCUGUGUGCUCUGCAGAUGGAGAUGAACAAGAUGAAAGAGGAGAACAAACUGUUGAGGGAAGUUGUGGAGAAGACCGCCAAAGAUUACUACGAUCUUCAAUUGAAAUUCGUCUCUAUCCAGCAACAACACAAUAACAAUACUGAUUACCCUAAACCCAAGGAUCCAGAGCUUUACCUCUCCCUUGGAGGGAACAUCAACAAUGGUGGCAAAGGUGCACAAGCGGAAGAAUUACAGAAGCCAAAGAAUAAUAUUAAUAAUAAUAAUAAUAAUAAUCCCAACAAGAGACCAACUUACGAUGAUGAUCAAUUGGGACUGUCACUAAGGCUCCAAACUGCCGCUGCCGCCGCGCCGCCGGUUCCACGACGGCGGCCGCUAGUCUUGGGAGGAGAUCUGGAAUUAGUGCAUGAUGGCGGGGAAUUAAUGGUGGCUCAUCCAAAUAAGCUUCAGAGAAGGGAUGAUCAGCAGCAGAAUUUGUUAGCUGCUGCUGCUGCUGCCGCCGCGGCAGCUGAUUCCGCCGCCAUUAGUAAUAACGGGCAUGCUUCUUCAACUACGACCACGACGAGUUCUUCCUCGUGUCCGGCCAACCGGAAAGCUAGGGUUUCAGUCAGAGCCAGGUGUCAAUAUUCAACGAUGAACGACGGCUGCCAAUGGCGGAAAUACGGGCAGAAGAUCGCUAAGGGAAACCCCUGCCCGCGUGCAUAUUACCGCUGCACCGUAGCUCCGGGCUGCCCGGUCCGCAAGCAGGUCCAACGGUGUCAAGACGACAUGUCCAUUCUCAUCACAACCUACGAAGGAAACCACAACCAUCCCCUCCCCGCCGGCGCCGCCGCCAUGGCUUCCUCCACUCCCUCCGCCGCCGCCUCCUCCUUCAGCUUAUUCCAUCCCUCCUCAAACGACGCCGCGGCAGCAGGCAACUUCAUCCACGUCCCGUACAACCAACAGCAGGAAUUACUGUUCAGCCCUUCUCCUCCGCCGCCUAGUCAGCAGCUCUAUCCUUAUCCACUACUGCCCACAGCAGCUGGAAACCAGCCAUGGAGGCGGAAGGCGGCUGGCGGCGGCGAGUUGGCUGAGAAUGUGAGCACGGCCAUGGCGGCGGAUCCCAAGUUCAGGGUGGCGGUGGCGGCUGCCAUUUCUUCGCUCAUUAAUAAAGAGGCGUCUACUAGUAAUAAUCACUAGGGUUUGGUACUUGAUUAGUAGGCUAUUUAAGUUUGAGUAGUUCAUUAGCCGGCAAUAAUUGAUUAGGGCAUCUAGAACCUAAUUUGAUUCGUAGGGAGAAUAAUACCGAGGAAAUUGAGGAUGGUGAUCCUGUAGUAAUUUGAGUUGGAAAGGUGGGAAAUGGAAAAGGUGAAACCUAAUUCUCUAUGUGUGUGUAAUGAUAAUUGUGUAGCUUUAUUAAUUAAUCUCUCCAAGAGAGACCAAUAUUAAUUAAUUUUUGCUUGUUAAUUCCCUAAAUUGUGUAAUGAUUGGUGCUUUGCAUGCACUGUGCGGCAUAGUUAGUAAAUACUCCGUUUAAUACACGUAUAUGUACCUG